AUGCCUCGGCCCUCCCCGUUCACCUGCCCCCUGCCUCCCUGGCCACUGACUCGUCCCUCCUCGCUUGCCUGGCCCCUGACUCGACCCUCCUCGCUGGCCUGGCCCCUGACUCGUCCCUCCUCGCUCGCCUGGCCCCUGACUCGGCCCUCCUCGCUCGCCUGGCCCCUGACUCGGCCCUCCUCGCUCGCCUGGCCCCUGACUCGGCCCUCCUCGCUCGCCUGGCCCCUGACUCGGCCCUCCUCGCUCGCCUGGCCCCUGACUCGGCCCUCCUCGCUCGCCUGGCCCCUGACUCGGCCCUCCUCGCUCGCCUGGCCCCUGACUCGGCCCUCCUCGCUCGCCUGGCCCCUGACUCGGCCCUCCUCGCUCGCCUGGCCCCUGACCCGGCCCUCCUCGCUCGCCUGGCCCCUGACCCGGCCCUCCUCGCUCGCCUGGCCCCUGACCCGGCCCUCCUCGCUCGCCUGGCCCCUGACCCGGCCCUCCUCGCUCGCCUGGCCCCUGACCCGGCCCUCCUCGCUCGCCUGGCCCCUGACCCGGCCCUCCUCGCUCGCCUGUCCUCGCUCGCCUGGCCCCUGGCCCGGCCCUCCUCGCUCGCCUGGCCCCUGGCCCGGCCCUCCUCGCUCGCCUGGCCCCUGGCCCGGCCCUCCCCGCUCGCCUGCCCGCUCGCCUGGCCCCCGACCCGGCCCUCCCCGCUCGCCUGGCCCCCGACCCGGCCCUCCCCGCUCGCCUGGCCCCCGACCCGGCCCUCCCCGCUCGCCUGGCCCCCGGCCCGGCCCUCCUCGCUCGCCUGGCCCCCGGCCCGGCCCUCCUCGCUCGCCUGGCCCCCGGCCCGGCCCUCCUCGCUCGCCUGGCCCCCGGCCCGGCCCUCCUCGCUCGCCUGGCCCCUGGCCCGGCCCUCCUCGCUCGCCUGGCCCCUGGCCCGGCCCUCCUCGCUCGCCUGGCCCCUGGCCCGGCCCUCCUCGCUCGCCUGGCCCCUGGCCCGGCCCUCCUCGCUCGCCUGGCCCCUGGCCCGGCCCUCCCCGCUCGCCUGGCCCCUGCCUCGGCCCUCCCCGCUCGCCUGGCCCCUGCCUCGGCACUCCCCGCUCGCCUGGCCCCUGCUCGGCCCUCCUCCCUCUCCUGCCCCCUGCUCGGCCCUCCUCCCUCUCCUGCCCCCUGCUCGGCCCUCCUCCCUCUCCUGCCCCUGCGCGGCCCUCCUCCCUCUCCUGCCCCCUGCCCGGACCUCCUCCCUCUCCUGCCCCCUGCCCGGCCCUCCUCCCUCUCCUGCCCCCUGCCCGGCCCUCCUCCCUCUCCUGCCCCCUGCCCGGCCCUCCUCCCUCUCCUGCCCCCUGCCCGGCCCUCCUCCCUCUCCUGCCCCCUGCCCGGCCCUCCUCCCUCUCCUGCCCCCUGCUCGGCCCCCUCUCCUGCCUCGGCCCUGCCCCCUCUCCUGCUGGGCCCUGCCCCCUCUCCUGCUGGGCCCUGCCCCCUCUCCUGCCGCCUGCCUCGGACACCCCCCUCUCUGGCCGCCUGCCCCCCCACGUUGCUCUCCUCCCUCGGUGA